UCAUCUAGCUCCAUUUGCAGAGAAAGUGAUCGAAGAAAUGCCAAUGUCAGCAUGCCUUUCAAAUAGUAACCUUCUCACAACACCUUCACUUAGAAAUAUUCAUUAUCUCAGCAAUCCUCAGCGCAAAUCUUUGGUCGUUGCCAAGCAGCGCUUCCAACCGAAACGUGCCCAAUUAUCGGCUAAUAUUCAUCCACUCCUGCAGGAACCAAAUGCAGAUAGGUGUGUAUAUCAAAUUGAACUCAGUGUAAGGGACUACGAGUUGGAUCAGUUCGGGGUUGUGAAUAAUGCGGUUUAUCCAAAUUAUUGUCAACAUGGGUUUAACGAAUUUUUGAAGGCAUGCACCAGCUCUAGUUUUGAUAAGAUUACCCGCAGUGGUUACUCAAUAGCUUUGUGUGGUGUCUCAUUUAAAUUUGUUGCACCUUUAAAGAGUGGAGACAGAUUUUUUAUGAAUAUCAAGAUAUCUGGAUGGUCUAAGACUCGUUUAUUCCUUGAACAUUCGAUCGUCAAGCUUCCAAAUGAAGAGCCAAUUAUGGAGGGAAGUGCUACAACAGUUUGGCUUGAUAAGAACUAUCGUCCGAUGCGUAUUCCACCAUUGACGAUAAGCGAAGUCAGCAAAUGGUGUUUUGGGGAGAAAAGUUCCAGUUGAUGGCACUUUCGUGCAAUUUCAUGAAAGACGUCGAUACCUGCCCUUUUCAUUUAAUUUCCUAAAUAAUCUUACAGUUUAAUUAAAUAAAUCUAUAAAUUGUGAUCCUUUGAAAUUUAUAGCGUUAAGUAUCACAUAAUUGAUACAUAUUGCAUGUUAAAGGGUUGACUACAAACACUGUAUCAGAAGAGGUCUCAUCCAAAAGGAGUAAUCUCAACCAGAACUUUGGGAGACAACAAAACUCUACAAAAUAUGGAUGCAUAUCUAAUAUGAUC